AUAAAGUACAAUUUACAUUUUGGUUGAAAAUAAUGUUCAAUAAGAAGUGACCAAAGCAAUUAGAUUUGUAUGGAGUUUUUCGAAAAAGCGCAUGUUGUAAAACGGAAUCACAACACAGACGACAAUAUGAAGAAACAACUAAAGCAAAUGCUGUACGGGUACAAACAAAACGAUAAUCGGCUCAUUCGAGACGCGGCUAAUGUUGAAAAGGAAGAUGAUUCCUCAUCUGUAAGUGGAUUUUCCGACCUCGACUUGACAGCAUCCAGCAGCGAGGGAAACAGCACACGGCAAAGGAUUUCUUUUAUAGGACCCGGAAGCGUAAGAGAUACUGCAAUUGUCAACUUAGAUGAUUCUGUAGAUGGUCAAUCACAUAAAUCUUCAAAUCUAGACAGUAGCUUUGAGGAAAAUGUUAGUUUGCCAAAGACCAGUGAUGUGUCUCUUUCUGAUAUAAACGAGGACAUCGAAAGUCUCUCUGAAGGCUCUAUUUCUAUUGUUGAAGGCAUUGAGAGUGAUGAUCAUUUCUCAAUGACUAGCACUUCUGUAGAUUCCGCCUCAGAUGUUGAGUCCAGCACUAGUGAACCGUUUGAUCCCGAUGGCAGCUUGGCCUCAAAAAUAUUUGAAAAAUUAAAACUGAGAGACAAUCCUAAAGUUUCCAGAAAGGAAAGAAAAAGGAAAAUAGGUCAGAUACCAGAAUCUGAGAAUUAUAGUCAAGAAUCUAUUCUGAUGGAAAGUGACUCAAGCGUGGAGUUGCUUUCUGAUAAAGGAUUAGAGAGACAUUCAGAAGACACUGUUGACUACUCAAAUACUGCAUCACCUUCAUUUGUUUCUAUAACCGCAGUAGACAUGCCCCAUCAAACCCUCAGCGAUGUACUCGGAGACUACACAUACCCAACCAUCAGAAACUUGCCAUCUGAAGCCCAGAAUGUGUUUGCUACUAAUAAGUCUGGUAUAUUCCCAACAUUGGAUGAUGAGAGUGUGAAUGAUGCAAAUGAUAGUUUACUCCCUGAGUUAGGAAGUGAGGUUGAUGACCCAGAAGUCAUGGACUUAGAGUCCAGUUCAGACAUGCCAGUGGAAGAGAGCUCAUUUGCUUAUGACGAUACCAUACAAUCAGAGGAAACAUUCCAAAGAGAAGCUUCAACAGAGUCAGUUGACACCAACUAUGUCAAUCCUGUAAAUAUUUUUUAUGGGAAAUAUUGCUGCAUACUAAUCCUUAAGCAUCCUACUGAAAUAUUCAUUCAUGGAAAAGUGAAAGUCACAUCAUUGGGAGGUUUAGUAGAAAUUGGUGGCUACACUCUACAAGAUAAGACUUAUAGGGUUUACACACCAAAUUACAACUGUGCUCAAUACUUACGGACACUAGACCAUGAUAAGGGCUAUUAUGGGUUAUUUGGAAAGCUGACAGGAUCCGGCCUGUCCGUGGUGGCUGCUGAAGAAAUUGUAACUACCCUCAGUCCCCAUGACAGUGUUGUACAAUUGCAACCAUUGCAUGAUAGAGUAGCUCAGUUUGUAGAGAACAGCUGCACUAUAACAGAUCUGUUUUCCAAGACCAAUAAGAAUGUUGAUGGCUGCUUCAGAAAAGCAUCGGACUUUUUGGGAUGCUCACUGUACCUUAUGAAACCUUGGAAGAGUUUUGAAGAGAAUCCUUGUUGGAGCCAAGCUUUGCAACAUGGAUAUAAGCACCAAAGCAGAGGAAUCGUAUGCGGUGGUAAAGGCUCGGGCAAGAGCUCGUUCCUCCGCUACUACGUGAACAAAAUGUUGUCGCGCGGUCCCGCGCUGGUGCUGGACCUGGACCCGGGGCAGAGCGAGUUCACGCCGGCUGGCUCCGUGUCGGCUACUGUGGUGGAGGAACCGCUGCUUGGACCGGCUUUCACGCACUUGAAGACACCCGAAAGGAUGUUGAACAUCGGUAUCAUUAACACAAUGGACAACCCGAGACGCUACGCGACAGCGGUGCAACAACUCAUCGCCUAUUGCCACAGCGAGCCCCGCUUCCGCGACCUGCCCUGGAUCGUCAACACCAUGGGCAUGGUCAACGCCCUAGGCCUCCAGUUCAUGGCCCUGAUAACCAUACUUCUACAACCCACAUUCAUUCUGCAAAUUGACUCUAAAAACCCUAAAAAGAGAUACGCACAUUAUCUUGAUUCUGACACAGUCAAAUCUCUGUAUUAUAAGUAUCAGUAUAACUAUCUUUUCAAACCAAUUAAGUUACAGAAUGAGUUGGAUUAUGCCUUGAUAGUGUCAAACGCUGAUAGUGUUAAGGGCAAUUUCUCCCUGCCGCCUAAGGAGGAGAGAUACCUAAACUUUUUGGCCUAUUUUGGCAGCAUGAUGACUAAUCAUGCCACUGACGACUUCCUGCUGAGCGUUGUUCCGUAUGAAGUGGACCUACGCAACUUAUACAUCGCGUUGAAUGUUAGAAUCAACGAAGACAACAUAGCGCGGGUGAUCAACGGUAAAAUAGUAGCGCUGUGCAAACACCAGGGAGAUAGCGGCAAGAUCUACACGCUCAAAGACACUCCGCUACGGUGCUACGGACACGGGCUAGUUCGCGGGAUAGACUUGGAGAAGGGGCUGUGCUACGUGGUGACGCCGGCGGCGGGGGAGCGGCUGGGCGCGGCGGACACGCUGCUGUACGCGGACUGGGCGCCGGAGCUGCGGGCGGGAGGCAGCUUGCCGGCGGCGGCCGCGCUGCCCUACCGCGCACCCGCCGCGGCGCUGCAGCGGCAGCUCAUGUCGGCGCCCCGCCGCCGCUACAACCCGCUACAACUACUCAAAAUGUCUAGGGUUCCUAAAGUGAAAGCUUCCGUUAGUUAAUAAAAGUGUAAUUGGAGUAGAUCCAACAUGUCAUCUUAAAUUAUAAAAGGAAGUCUAAUUUUAUGUUAAUUCAUGUAUAUUUGAAAGAUAAUUUUGUACUUACAAUACUAAUAAAACAUAACAUAGA